CAAAUCAACUUUCAUAUCGUUCGCUCGAUUCAACCGCGACGUCCAUCUUUCCGAGCCGUAGACGGCAGAAAAAAGUGACACUCCGAAUCAUUUGGUGUUCUAAGUACGAUCGUUAGUUCGGAAACAGAAAGGAAGCACCGGAAAACUCCUAACUCAAAAAAUGUCGAUGCUUUCUGCUCGUUUGGCCGCCCAAGUGGCUCGCCAGCUGCCAAGAACCGCUAAUCAGGUCUCCAAGAUCGUUGUUCCUGCGAUUCAGGUUGCUUCCCGUAAUCUCCAUGUUUCUAGCGCCAAACGCGGAUCGGAAAUUUCUGCAAUCCUGGAAGAAAGGAUCUUGGGUUCGGCACCAAAGGCUGAUUUAGAGGAAACUGGACGCGUUCUAAGUAUCGGUGACGGUAUCGCUCGUGUGUAUGGCUUGAAAAACAUCCAGGCCGAUGAGAUGGUGGAAUUUUCCUCCGGUCUCAAGGGUAUGGCUCUCAACUUGGAACCCGAUAAUGUUGGUGUUGUCGUUUUCGGUAAUGACAAGCUCAUCAAGGAAGGUGACAUUGUCAAACGUACCGGUGCUAUCGUCGACGUUCCAGUCGGUGACGAGAUUCUUGGCCGUGUUGUUGACGCCUUGGGUAACGCCAUUGACGGGAAGGGUGAAAUCAAGACCGGACAGCGUUUCCGUGUCGGUAUCAAGGCUCCAGGCAUCAUUCCUCGUGUGUCUGUACGCGAGCCCAUGCAAACUGGAAUCAAAGCCGUCGAUUCACUUGUGCCAAUUGGUCGUGGACAGCGUGAACUUAUCAUCGGUGACAGACAGACUGGUAAAACCGCUUUGGCCAUCGAUACCAUUAUCAACCAAAAGCGAUUCAACGACGCUCAAGAUGAAUCGAAGAAGCUGUACUGUAUUUACGUAGCCAUCGGUCAGAAGCGUUCCACUGUGGCCCAAAUUGUAAAGCGCUUGACUGAUGCUGGAGCUAUGAAGUAUACUAUCAUUGUCUCUGCCACCGCUUCGGAUGCUGCCCCUCUACAGUAUUUGGCUCCUUAUUCCGGUUGUGCUAUGGGCGAAUACUUCCGUGAUAAUGGAAAGCAUGCCCUCAUCAUCUAUGAUGAUUUAUCCAAACAGGCUGUCGCAUACCGUCAGAUGUCGCUGUUGCUGCGUCGUCCUCCUGGUCGUGAGGCUUACCCUGGUGAUGUGUUCUACCUGCAUUCGCGUUUGUUAGAACGUGCGGCCAAAAUGAAUCCAACUUUGGGCGGUGGUUCGUUGACUGCUUUGCCGGUUAUUGAGACCCAAGCUGGUGAUGUGUCCGCUUACAUUCCAACCAAUGUUAUUUCGAUCACUGACGGGCAGAUCUUUUUGGAAACUGAAUUGUUCUACAAGGGUAUUCGACCAGCCAUCAACGUCGGUUUGUCUGUAUCACGUGUCGGAUCCGCUGCCCAGACAAAGGCAAUGAAGCAGGUCGCUGGUUCCAUGAAACUGGAAUUGGCUCAGUAUCGUGAGGUAGCUGCUUUUGCCCAGUUUGGUUCUGAUCUUGACGCAGCCACCCAACAAUUGCUGAACCGUGGUGUGCGUUUAACUGAAUUGCUGAAGCAAGGUCAGUAUGUCCCAAUGGCUAUCGAAGAGCAGGUAGCUGUCAUUUACUGCGGUGUCCGUGGCUUUCUGGACAAAAUGGAUCCUAGCAAGAUUACAGCCUUCGAGCGUGAGUUUUUGGCUCAUGUCAAAACUAACGAAAAAGCUUUGUUGAGCCAGAUCGCUUCCGAGGGAAAGAUUUCCGAUGAAACGGAAGCCAAAUUGAAAGGCAUCGUCACCAGCUUCAUGUCUACCUUCAGUGGUUAAGCAUACCAUGCUUUUAAUCUAGCUGUUAGAGGAAUAUAAGUUAAACUGCGUCUUUUCGUCGAUCAUUGCUAGCUUCAGUUUAGCAAGCCAGCGAGGUUGUUGAAGUGAAAUAUUCAAUAACAAGACAAAUUGUAACAUCUUUUGAGCGGGCAGACAAAUUUUGAUCGAGUAGAAACUAUUGCGAUACCAUCAUUGAUAGGAGUUGAUAAGAAGCAACAGUGGAAAACAAACACAAUCGAAAUUGCGAACAUCAAAAAAGUAGUUCAAACAAUUGUAUUAAACUUGCAAGGAUAAAAUCUGAAUAUCGAAAUACAGUUUCCCAUUAUAAAAACAA